AUGGGGAUUGUGGAGUUCCCAGUUCUAGUUGAAAAGGAAAAAACAGUUGAGAGGUUUGAAGGAAGAAAUAGAGCGGCAAAGGGUCCAGAGGGAUCAUCUGGAUUUGUAACAGGGAAACAUCCCCAAAAGAGACCAUCUCAGUUUCAAAAGGGGAAUACUAAUAAGAAACCAAUGGGGACUACUACUACAGGAGUUGUUCAGAGUUUCAGAUGUUAUAGAUGUGGAUAUAAAGGAUUAUGUGCUGAAGCUGAAACGUCAUCUGAGCUGGUAAAGGGAAAGGGCAAAGCUGAUGGUAAUGAUAUUUCUAUUCUAUUUGAUUCUAGUGCUUCACAUUCUUUAAUUUCUUAUGAAUGUGUGGCAAGGUUAAAUUUGGUUGUGAGUUCCUUGUGUGUGGAUCUAGUCGUUUCUACCCCAGCUUCAGGGGAUGGAUUGGCUUUUUGCCAACAGGAUUUUGAUAGAUUGUUCAUAGAGGCGAUUGAUCUUUCCUACUGUUGA